CUCUGUCUCAACCUGCUGAGGGAGGAAAAGCUACUCUUCGGCAUCUCUUAUCUUGCUGAUCACAUUGUCCUGCACAUGGCGACUGGACCCUGGCUGGCUGGCUCAGCUGCACUCAUGCUGCUCCUGGUUGUGCACUGCAGAGGACUGACAGUGAGUCCUCCAGAGGAUCUUCAAGUCCUGGAUCCUGGUCAUCUGGGACACAUGGUGAUUACUUGGAGCCCCCCAGUAAACAUGGACAGCAUGACAGAGUGCACAGUGCAGUAUCAGCUGGAGUACUUCAACACAUACAGGAACAGCUGGUCUGCCAUCAGGACAAAACUGACGACGUACAGCGCCCAGUUUGACCUGAUGAAGGAUGUUAGAGUGAGGGUGUACACCUUGCUCGGGGGACCAUGCACCAACAAUACGAUGAUCAUGAGCGCCAACUACACCGAGGUGAUCCAGAAACCCUCCGACACAGGCAUUAUGGAUACCGAAAUCCGGGAUUUCAAAUGUGUAUUUCAAAACAUGGAGUACAUGGAGUGUAAGUGGACAAGGAGCCCAAACACACCAGCCAAGUCACAGCUAAAUCUAUUUUUCUGGCACGAAGAACUUGAUCAAGCGGAGGAAUGCCCAAAGUACAUCUUUUCAAGAGGAAUCAGGAGAGGCUGCAACUUCACGGAGAAACCUCUCCCUGAUUUCACCGACAUCAACUUUUGUGUGAAUGGGUCGUCCCCUCAGGGACCCCUGAAACAAACCUUCAUCUCUCUUCAAAUCCAAAACUAUGUGAAACCCGCUGCUGUGGAAAAGAUGUAUCUUCAAACAGGCCCGGACCUGCAGCUGGAGCUCCACUGGGAACCUCCUGCUGGGAGCAUUCCAGAACAUUGUCUGGAGUGGGAGGUGAAGUGCAGCCGAGGAGAUCCUGUGGCCAAACUAUUACCGAAUCCUUUUACUCUGACAAGUCUAUCCCUGCCCUCCGCUGGCAGAGACAAGAGAAGGUGCUACAAGGUUCGGUCAAAAUUGCACAAGUAUUGCGCCGACAAAAGCUUCUGGAGUGACUGGAGCCAGAAGAUAUGCCACACAAGACGGUGCAGGCAACGCCAGAGGGACUUCAGAAAAUUCGUCUUCUGUUGAGGCUUGAACUUUAAAGAGAAGACCUUCAUCUCACGGCCUCUUCAUAUUGCUUUGAUAGAAAUUGUUAACAUAUGUUUGUGGUUACAGUUGUAUGAUCUAAAUAAUUACACUGUUUUUUCUGUAAAAUCCUGUCUUUACUGCUCCACUGGUGCCUCGUCUCAAAUAUUGCAUGUAUGUUUGGCCGCCAGAUACACGCCAUCCCUAGAAAUGUAUAUUUCGGGUAAACAUUACACGCAGUUCAGCAUCAUGUAUAAGAAAAAGAGAAAAAAGGUACUUGCUAUUUCCUAUAUCCCACUGGUUUACAACUCUACAUUUAAGGCACUGGCUUGUACAAGAAUGUAGUUUUUUCAACACUCUAAAGUCAAAGUUCUUCAGUUUUGGCAAAUAUUUUUUAAUAAUGUUGAUGUACUCAUGUUCUUUAGGAAAUGAAAUGUAUAAACUGAACGUCUCACUUGUUACACUAGAGAUAGAAACCUUUGUGUCUUUUUCUGUGUUUCUCGGUUUGAGUUUUAACUCAGUAAAAGUACAAGACAAUGUUGGCAUAGCACUGUUAUUGAAAAAAAAAAAUCUCAAUUGCAUGAAUCAAAUGUUCUCUUAUCUUCAUCGUUGCUUUUGUACAUGUUUUUGUAUUAAAUGAGCCAAUG